AUGUCUACAACAAUUGGAAAGACACGUCUCGCCUAUUCGCGAACAUGGCACUACGUCGACGUCGGCUCGGACUCGCGCUCCCUCGGCCGUCUAGCCUCAUCAAUCGCAAUUUUCCUCAUGGGCAAACACAAGCCCAUCUACGACCCGUCGACAGAUUGCGGUGACUACGUUGUUGCCGUGGGAUGUCAUGACCUGCACACUACGGGCAAGAAGCGGUACCAGAAGAAAUACUAUACGCACACUACCCGGCCCGGUAGUUUGAAGAGUAUGACCAUGGACAAGAUGUUUGAGAAAUGGGGCGGCGGAGAAGUUCUGCGCAGAGCUGUUAGAGGCAUGUUGCCCAAGAAUCGGUUGAGGGAUAAGAGACUGGAGAGGUUGAAGACAUUCGAAGGCCUGAAUCACCCUUAUAAGAAGAACAUUAUCAAGAUCGGUGCUAAAAGCGUGGUUGGAAAUCUGCCCGAAGUCAAAGCUGCAUUUGAGAAAGCAAAGGCAGAGUCUACUUCAUCAGCCCCAACUUCGCAAUAG